CUUGUGUUUUUCAUAAUAAUUGCUACGAACUCAAGUAUGCUUCUUCGUCCUUCGACGAAGGUGGAUCAUCGACUUGUGAACUGAAGGCAACGAAAAGUCAGCGAGAGAAGACAGUGAAUUGCAUCGAUGUUUGAUUUCCAAAAUAGAGAUCUGGAAAUAUAAUCAGUUACGUGAUAUUUACACGUUAGUCUAGUGCGAAUAUCGAGAAAAAAAAUAGAGUGAUGUGUGAUUAUUUCCGGAAUUAAUACAUAGUCGCUGUAAUUAACACCGAAACAUGCAUGGAAAAGAAUGAGUAAGUUAUUGAUUAGUAAAAUAUUCGAUACCGCUACGAGAAACACGAAAAUCGGACUAACGAUUUGAUCUACGGCUGCAAACAUCUCCAGACGUUUUGACACUGACGCGAAAAUCGACAAGAAAUUGCGAGGAAUAUAUGACUUCACGUCUAACCACUACUAAAUACUAUCGAGAUCUUGAACAUGUCAUUGUCAGAUAUUCGAUCAGCUGAAAACUAAAAACCAACACAUUUCGUCUAAGUAAAUGACAAUCGGAGAAUAUCAGUCGAUAGAAAGAGAGAGAGAGAGAUCUGGUGAGAUGAAGCGAUUUGCAAGUCCUAAGCACUUCUCCGAGGCGAUAGCAUUGGUGACAACUGUUAGCUGUUUAUUGGGACUUCGUGUUUUUGAAUACCCACGUGGUCAUCCGAGACCUAUACUUAGCCUGAUAUAUCUCUCCUUUCUUUACAUCAUAUUUUGCAAUGGCUCGGUGCGUGUAGAAGAAAAAUACUAUGCAAACGUUAAACUGAUGAAGCUGGAAUACGUUCUAUACCAAUUAGUGAUGUACGUCAUGAUUGUGUCUGUAAUAAUGAAGAUGUUGCUAGGCUGGUGGCACACAAAGCAAUUCAAAGUUUGUCACAAAAAGAUCUUCGAGGUCGAUGCAACAUUGCGACAGUUGGGAUUGACAGUGAAUUACGACAGAAUAUAUUUCGUGACAAUCGGAACCAUAACCAUUUGGAUUACACUCGCCUUCAUGGUGUGUACCGUGGUUUUCUUUCAUUUGCAGAAACGCACCGACGUAUUUACUUCAAUUUAUCUUAUACUGGUAUACACGUAUUCGCUCACUGUCAACUCUAUUAAUGUCUUCGAAUUUUUCAUAUUUGCCAGAUGCUUACAAAUAAAAUUCGAAUUGGUCAACCAGUUCUUGCGCCAAAGCUUAACAAAUUUAUCAAUGGAAGAGGUGAAAGUAGGCAUUUUUGAAAUGAAAGAUUAUGCCGAAAUCAUGGAUGCUGAGCAACGGAAAAAGAUUCUUUCCACAAAGAUGAUAUUUCGAUGGCGUCAGCGGACGCAGUCUCGAAUGAAUGUUCCUAUACCGUGGAAGCGAGGUCCGGUCGCAUCACACAAUCAGACUGAAUCUCACUCUCCAUUUCAGUUUGAGAAAGAAUUUCAGAGGGUACUUCGGAAUCGACCUCAAGGACGCAAUACCGCGAUGACAAUACGCCAGGAACGUAAACAUCUAUUACAAAUAAUUAAACAGGUGCAUCUGGAGUUGUGUAAAGUAUCACAAAUAGUUUGCACUAUUCUUGGAGUGCAGAUAGCUUGGGAGAUAGGAGUAAUUAUCCUGUUUCUCAUUGAAGCUAUUUAUAAUUUGUACGUCCGAUACAUUAUGAAUCAACAUAAAGUCAAAGGUUUGGUAGGGCAAACGUUUGUGAUGGUGAUGCUGUGUCUUCUUAACAUAUUAAAAGCCGUUUUUUUGAAUCGCGCUUGCAGCAAUGCGACCAUUGAGGGGAACAGAACCAUUGAAAUUAUUCAUGCAAUUUAUGGUUGCGACGCAGAUAUUGAUAUGCAGGAGGAAAUUCAACAGUUUGGUAUCCAAAUUUUGCAAAGACCAGUGACAUUCUCGGCGUUUGGUCUUAUUCUGGAUAAUCGGGUCUUAAGCAUGAUUUUGAGAAUUGUAUCUAUCUACAUCGUUAUCAUGGUACAAGUGAGCAAUACGCUGGAAUCAAAUAAUGCUAUACAAUAUACACAUUUUUAAAUACUUGUAGGUAUUAGUAAAAAAUUACCUUUCGGAAUUGCUUAAAUUGUGAAAAAAUUAAUGUGUACGCCAGACAAAUGUUACUAAGCGUCAUAAAAAUAAAAACUGUAUAAAAUAGAGUUGCAGUACGGUAGU